AUGACAUUUGAAGAAUUCACUCAGAAGGUCUUAGAAAAAUUCGACAUUUCCCUUCAUGUGAGGAGGAUGCACUACACCCUCAAGUUUAACCCUAGAGUCAUCCAAGAUUUAGAAGAUGAGGAUGACAUGGAUAACGUGGUUUCCCAUAGUGAUGACUUUGCAAAUGUGUACAUAGUCGAGUCACCCGGUGUGGAAGCCAUAGAGGCAAAUAUACCGAAUACACAGUUGGCACUUGGAGGUCCACAUCCUACGUUUCCUUCGUCUAAUGCAUCAUGCGAUGCAAAUCCUAAUACUAUGAUGUUAUCAAGAGGUUUUGCAUCGCGUUGUGCAGAUAGUGAGUACACCCCUUUGGAAUCGAAUCGGUUUCGUGAGGCAAUAUUAGGUUCCGGACAUACAUUUAAGAAUGCAGAUGAGUUUCGGAAUGCAAUAUACCAAAUGUCAUUAGCUGGAAGGUUUCAAUACAAGUACAAUAAAAAUUCACCCACUCAUAUGUCAGUAAAGUGUUCGGUUGAGGAUUGUCCUUGGAAGAUAACAGCUCAUGCUGUUGAAGGAAAUGAAAUAUUGCGAGUUUAUACUUACCAAAGAGGUGUUGUUGUUGUUGAAGACGUGUUUAGAACAACUCCAGAAUACCUUCCUCGACAAAUUUGCAAGGAUUUUGAACGUGAUCAUGGAGUUCAAUUGACUUAUAACCAAGCAUGGCAUCUUAAAGAGAAGGCAAAAGAGCGUGUAUAUGGAUCUCCACGUGCGUCCUACGCGUAUUUGCCUUGGUUAUGCCAUAGGCUAAGGGAAAUUAACCCUGGAACUAUUGCCGAGUACACUUCUCAUGAAGGUCACUUCAAGCAAUUGUUCAUUGCCCACGCAUUUUCAAUUCAAGGGUUCACCAUGGGGUGUCGACCGGUAUUGGCUAUUGAUUCUUGCCACCUAAGUGGUCCAUACAAAGGAGCUCUUUUGUCUGCCAUUGCAUAUGAUGCAGAUGAUGGAAUGUUCCCUCUAGCCUUGGGUGUGGUUGGUUCAGAAAAUUAUGAGGAUUGGUAUUGGUUCUUGGAGAAAUUGAAGGGGAUCCUAGAUGGUCAAGAAGUAAUUAUUAUAUCAGAUAGACAUCAAGGGAUAUUGCGUAGUGUUUCGGAGUUGUUUGGGGUAGAAAAUCACGCCUAUUGUUAUCGACAUGUGAAAGAGAACUUUUCAAGCUUCUUCAACAGGCAAAACAUUAGGGGAAAGAAAGGGAAAGAAGAUGCUUUGUUGCUUUUAGACAACAUUGCAUAUGCUCGGUUGGAUAUAGACUACAAUGAGGCGUUUGAAAAACUUGUGCGUUUUAAUGGCGACCUAGCAAGGUGGGUUGCGGAGAAUAGUCCGGAGCAUUGGGCGAUGUCAAAGUUCCUUAAAAAACGUUGGGAUAAAAUGACAACUAAUAUUGCAGAGUCCUUCAAUGCGUGGUUAAGAGAGGAACGCCACCAAACAAUUUAUACGUUGCUGAUGAUGCACAUGGAUAAGCUUGUAGCCAUGUUGGACACCCAUAUGCGUGGUACAGAUAAGUGGAAGAGCGUGGUUGGACCCAAAACAGAGGAAAACCUAAUGUCAAAUAUCACGAGAUCUGCUCCGAUUACUGUGAUGCCUUAUUUGGGUGGGACGUUCAAGGUUUUUACUGGAGAAGUUUAUUUGGUUGUGGAUAUGCAGCAACAUAAGUGUACAUGUCUAACAUGGCAAAUGUCCGGGUUGCCAUGUCCACAUGUAUGUGCUGUGAUCCGUACAUUGAGACACGAUGUGUAUGACUAUAUCGACCCAUGUUUUAAAGUCUCCACCCAACAGUUGAUUUACUCGGGUCAGUUUCAACCAUUACCAACACACAACAUGCCUAAAUUUUGUGAGGCUGGGACUUUGCAAGAUGGGCAAGGCAACGUAUUUCCUAGUCUCCAACCCCCGCAAGUGAGACGUCCUCCAGGAAGACCCCGACAAAAGCGUAUUGAGUCACAAUUUAGCCAUAAGAGAGCUAUUCAUUGCUCUCGAUGCAAUGGCAUAGGUCACAAUCGGUCUAAAUGUAAUAAUCCAUUGCCGUGA